AUGAGUCAAAGUGAUGACGUAGAAAAUGAUAUAAAUUGUCCUGAAUGUGGUUGCAUAAGGCCCUCCGGAUGGUGCAAUCCUUGUGAAUUCCGCUGGAUGUGCUCAACAUUCUCGAGAAGUGGAAAUAAAUAUAUCGACCUAUUAAUUUCGCAAACACAAAAGAAUGCAACACGUACUUGCGAAUAUUUAGAAUUUAUAGAAUUUAGCAAUAUCGAAGGGUUUGAAUAUGUCGCUAAAGGUGGUUUUGGUAGCGUAUAUGAAGGAUAUUGGAUGGAAGGUCCCCGAUGGAUCUGGGACGAAGUUAGUGCUAUAUGGUGUCGCAAUGGACCGACCAAAGUUGCUCUUAAAAAACUUGAUGAUUCGCAAGAACCUUCUAUGAAUUUUUUUAAACAG